GGGCAAUAUUUGAAAGCAUUGCAUUACAAGUCCAGUUCAAAGAGGCAAAAAUCACUACAGACGAAAGUUCCCAAACCCCCAACUCCUAAACAUGUCCUUCCUUCCAGGCCGUGAUGCCGCUCUCGCCGGGCUGACCGCGGCGAAAAACGUCGCGUCCAAGGCGAACAUUCCAGCUGCCUUGGCCGCCGCGACCGAGAGAUCCAAAGAGAUCGCUUCGGAAAGCGUGCCACAUGCGGCCGCGCAGGCCUUUCAAGCCUGCAAGGCCAACCCCGGUACGGCGGUAGCUUACGGCGCCGCCGGCGUGGGCCUACUCCUCGUCGCCGCACCAGCUAUCGUUGCCGCGCCGGCUUUGGGGGUCAUGGGAUUCGGCGCGAAUGGCAUUGUUCUCGGAUCCGCGGCUGCGGGCAUCCAAAGCGGUAUCGGCAGUGUUGUGGCUCCGAGCCUGUUCGCUACGCUCCAGAGCGCCGGGGUCGGUGGAUACGGAGCGGCAACCGUGUAUGGGGCUAUUCAGGUUGCAGGUAGCGCUAUUGCUUCUUCGGUAGGGGUUGUCCUAGCCUGGGCUAAUGCUAAGCCUUGAGGUAAUUAUUCGUUACCUCGAUCCUUGUAGUCUUGGCACACCAGGAGGCACAAGGGAGGCACCUCUGGGAUAGAAAUGACGAUCGAGAUGACACCCGCGCGGCUCUACCUACAUUUGUUGGGGAAGUUGCUACUUCCUCUACUAUUUUAAGUUCACAGUCGGUUCAUCUGUGGCGGCAACCAACUUCAAGUUGAGCUGGGCUUUUUCUUACAGUUUAAGAUCGUCGUAGCCUAUUGCGCAAAUCACUGCCUCUGCGUUACAAAACUGUGAAGAUGUCAAUGUACCACAGAGACAAAUGGUAGAAUGAAACAGACUUUUCUCCUUGUCAUCCAAGCACUUGGAUACUGCCACUAACACAACCAACCAGAGCCAGACUCGGUGAGCCCCU